AUGGAGUCAUUCGAGGACCGCUUCACCGACCUCGAAACCCGCCUGACUGAAGUGAAGGCUCAACUUGCCAAAAGCGUAAAAGCCAGUCAAGCCCUCGCCAAGAGAUUGACUCGACUUCAAGACAAUCACAAGAAGCUCUACGACCGCUUGAUCAAACUUGAAGGUGACCACCAGAUGCACAGCAAUUCUCAGAUGACGCGUCUUGAUAUGAGAGAACAGUGCUUCCUCGCCUUUAUGCGAGAUCGCUGUGCUGGUCAUAAGGAAGUCUGCCAGGGCACACCGGGAAUACUGGAUCAGUCUGGCUCACAUGGCGGCGAUGCCCUAGCCGAUGCCAGCAUGUUCCUGGAGCGAAGGCCACCAGGAGAGCGGCGUGCAUUCGAGCUGUUGUAUGGCUUAAGCGCCGAGACAAUUCAGGAGCUUGGACGAACUGGCCACAGGGCAAUUGUCAAAAUGCUUGAUGCCGUUGGCCUUGCCCACUUUCAGAAUACUUGGUUGCUCCGAGGGGAUCAAGAAAGGGUCUUCAAGGAGGUUGUGGAGCUGGUGAAGAUGGCAAGAACCAGGGAGGCAGAGCUUGUCGCUAACAAUUUCCCUUUUGAAGGAGACAGUGUGUCACCAGUCUCUUGCGAGAGGUUCUUUGACAUCUGUUGA